AUGUUUUCAAAAAUCGCAGAAAUAUAUCAGAGGGGACGGACAAUCGUUCCUGAUAAGUACCGAAAGAAGCAGGUGGUGUAUUUUCUAGUCUUGUUGGGAUUAACGAUGGAUAACUUUAAUGUCACUGGUGCUAUGACUACUGAAUAUUCUAUUGAGCAGAUGUUCAAUGUCACAUCAACAACAGCUUCUUGGACAUUAUCUGCCUACGCUUUGACCCUUGGGUCUUUCAUUAUAUUUUUUGGAAGGGUUGGAGAUAUGAUCGGACCCCAUAAUGCUAUUCUUUUAGGCUCUUCUGGAUCUGCCGUCUUUUCAUUAUUAACAGCCGUUCCACAACCAAGUAUAGUAGCUCUCAUAGUAUUCCGAGCUUUUCAAGGUAUGUUUGCUGCAGCUUUAAUGCCAGCUGGAUAUGCUAUUGCUGCUAAUUACUUCCACGGUGAACAAUUAGGUAUGGCCAUACGAUUUCUUGCUAUAGUUUUAAUCACUAGUUUUGGUGUCGGUACCAUUGCCGGAGGUGCAUUUUCCUUAACCAAGAUUGGAUAUCAAGGAUUCUUCUAUUUUACUUGUGGAAUUUCUACCUUCUGCUCUGUGACUCUUUACUUCCUUAUAAUUCCCGUUAAGGAAUCCAAAGAAAAAAAGAACAUGCACGUGAAGGAUUUGGACUUCAUAGGAGUGAUUUUCUUUGUGGCAGGAUUGCUCUUAUUCAUUUUUGGAUUGACGGAAGCCGGAAUUUCUUGGAAUUCUCCAAAGGUGUAUGUUACCAUUCCAAUUGGAGUGUUACUUGUUCUCACUAUGUUGUUUUAUGAAACUGUUUUCAUGAGCCGAUACAAGAAGAAAUUUGAGCCAAAGGAAGCUGAAGCUGGUAAUCACUCGAAUCAAUCUCUCUCCACCAGUGUUGAAUCUGGUCCGGAAAAAGGAUCGGUUACUGAUUUAGAACUAGAUUCUAAUAGAGUUGCUCCUGGAGGAGGAAAAGGAUGGUUGAAAAAUACCCAGUUACUAUUCCCAGCCGAGGUUUUUAAGAUAACGAAUUUCUUUCCUCUUAUCAUAUCGCUAUUCUCCCUUUACAUUUCCUUCAUUGACGUUCUCACAUCUUUACUUCAGUAUGAUGUUUUAAUUGCCGGUGAUAGUACACUAAUGGCAUCUGUCAAAUGUUUUCCAAUGGCCGUCGCCACUUUGUGCAGUGCUCUCGUGUAUAGUCCUAAGAUCCCUAAAAAGCUCGGCUUCAAUAAUACCAUAAGGUUGUGUGCUCUUGCUUGUUUGGGAGGAUCAUUUUUAAUUUGGAGAACAGAUUAUAAAGUUGAAAAUGAAUACUGGAAGUAUCAUUUUGUUGCUUUAAUCAUAAUGGGCUUCUUUUGCAAUCUCUAUUUCAUGGUGUAUUUAAACGCCAUAAUGUCAGAAACACCACUACAUUUGCAAGGUGUUGUUUCUGGUAUUUUCCAGACAUCAGGCCAGGUUGGAGUUUCCAUUGCCAGUGCCAUAUUAUCCACAAUCUUAGGACCUCUAGAAAAGCAACCCAGAGGAUCUCCGGAGUUUGAAAACCAAUUCCAAAAAUUCCGGAAUGGCUUCUGUAUUUCCAUUGCGGCAUGUGGAAUAUUCUUUAUUGCCUCAUUAUUCAUCAAAGAUUUAAAAGUUAAUGUUGCUGAGCAUGAUGAACAUGAUGAGGAAUCUACUGCUGGGACCUCUUUGGAAGUGGAUGAGUCGAUCAUAUCCCAUAAGAAAUGA